AGCCCUGCGCAAGAAGGACACCAUCUCAGUCCCAACCGGACAGCAGGCCAACACAGCAGAAGGAGAGGAUGAAGCAGCAACAAAGGAGGAAGCGGAAGACGAAGAAGGCGACGAAGAAAGUCGAAGCCAAGUGUUGACCCUCCUUUCGAUGGACGUGGAACGGAUCGCCAGUGUAGGCUGGCAGAGCGUCAGUCUAGCGACUACGCCUUUGGAGCUCAUCGUUGGCCUCUACUUCCUCUGGAAGCUUCUCGGUGUGUCCGCCCUCUUUGGAUUAGUCGCCAGUAUAAUCGCUGCACCCGUGACCUACUACCUGGGCACAGUCAGUGCAGAUCUCGAGGAUCGCAUCCAGUCUGCGCGCGACAAGCGUGUGGGCGUCAUCAGCGAGAUGCUGCUGAGCAUAAAGAUGAUCAAGUUCAAUGCCUGGGAAUCUCGAGCCAGAGAGAGAGUCGAACAAGUACGACAAGAAGAGCUCAAAGGCAUUGCUGCCGAGUUUGCCAUUGGACUCCUGAUGUACGUCGUCACGUCUAUCUCACUGGCACUCAUGGGUGUAUUCGCCCUCGGACAUUACACGCUAGCGCGUGGGGAGGCCCUCACACCGAGCAUAGCCUUCUCGGCCUUAGCCAUAUUGGAGGGCCUUCAGUACACGACUUCGGACAUUCCCGACGAGAUUGUGGCGGUCUUGCAAGCUGCUGUCUCUUUCUUGCGCACGGCUCGGUACUUGCAGAGCGAAGAGAUCAUACCUGUGCCCGGAUCCAGAUUCAGCUCGGAUGGACAGACGCCCCAAACGGUAGCUCUGUCCGAAGUAACAGUCACUUGGCCCGUUGACGGAGUCGUAGAGGCUAAGGCAGGGAGCGACCCUGCCGUUGAGGCUGGCAAUACGUCCUUCACUCUCACAGAUCUCAACGUGACCUUUGCCGUUGGACAGCUGAACCUCAUAGUUGGAAGGCUCGGAUCCGGCAAAAGUCUUCUCCUCAAAGCUCUACUUGGCGAAGCUCAGAUCCUCUCUGGUCUAGUCCUCUCGCCUCGAUCAAGCCCCACCGCUCUGGCCGAAGAUCGACUCCGCCUUGUCCGACCUUUCCAGUCUUCGGUGUGGCAAGACGUGUCACGCGUGGCGUACGUCCCUCAGACGACCUAUCUGCAAAGCAGUACGAUCAGGGCAAACAUUUUGUUCGGACUGCCCUUGUGGGAUGAGCGGUAUCAAGAGACUUUGGACGCCUGUGGUCUUCGACCGGACGUGACUGCCUUCGAUGACGGCGACCUGACACUUGUAGGAGAAAACGGCGUGACGCUCAGUGGUGGUCAAAAGGCCCGAGUGUCCCUUGCCCGAGCCAUCUAUUCGCGAGCCUCGACGCUACUCCUGGACGACUGCCUCUCCGCGGUGGAUGCAGAGACGGCAGCGCACAUCUAUGAGAAGCUCUUCAAAGGACCCCUCUGCUGUGGUCGUACGGUCAUACUCGUCUCUCACCAGGUUCAGCUUGUAGCACCUGCUGCAGCCAAAGUCGUCGUCAUACAUGAGGGAAGCGUCGCUUUUGAUGGGGACAGCCAGGCUUUCCUCGCCUCGAAGUGGUCCGAUGUAGCGCGGGAGGAUGAAAGCAAGGAAACUGUGGGCGAAGAAGAGCAGACAGUCGAGACCUUGCUGGCGACCGAAGCGAAGCCUUCUGAAGAGCAAGCUGCUGGGUCUGGCUCUUCGAAGGAUGCUGGAUCUGCAAAUGCUUUCACUACACAAGUGGCGUCUGAGACUCCCGCUAUCCGCGGCAAUACGCCUGAAGAGGAAGACACCGCUCUGAAGGUCGAACCGAAGACGGCACAGGAGGAGACGCGUUCUUUCGGCUCCAUCCCGAUGCACGUCUACUGGACUUGGCUUCGCGCAGGUAGCAGUGCCAUCUUCUGGCUUUUUGUUGCCUCUUUGUUCAUCCUGUCCUCCUGGUCAGCCGUCUUCACAAACGUAUGGCUCAAGUGGUGGAUGCAGCAGUCCUCUGCCAUUGAGACGGGUCGGGCUGCCCACUCUACAGCCUGGUGGUACGGCUGGUACAGCGCAAUCAGCUUGGGCUCUGUCUUGCUCAUCGCCCUUCGAAAGGCCUUGGUAUACUAUGGCACCAUUAAGAGCUCACGCGCACUCUUCCGUCAGAUGACCAAUGCGGUUCUGCGUGCUCCCCUUGGAUUCCACAAUGCUUGCCCGCAAGGUAGACUUCUGAACCGCUUUGGUUCUGAUUUCGAGACAGUCGACGUCUCAGUGCCUUAUCAGGCGGCAUGGUUCCUUCCCUCAGUCCUCGCUAUUUUCCUCAACUUGGGAGCAGCUGUCCUCAGCGGUGGUGCUUCUUCGCUCCUACCUGUCCUGCUGGUCGUUCCUGCAUACGUCUGGUAUGGACGCUUGUACUGCACUGCGAGCAGAGACGCAAGACGUCUGGCCAUGCUGGCCUACUCGAAGGUCAUGAGCUCAGUAGCUGAAAUGGUCGCUGCCACGCCUGUGAUUCGAGCCUUUGGAGCGAGCGAGUACCUUCGACGAGCCUUCUUCGACGUCUAUGAUGAUUGGCUGAUGGCAAAGCUGCCCGCGGCCACGAUCAGUCACUAUGUCAGUCUCCGCCUGGAGCUGUUAGGCUCCCUGCUCACAUUCCUCGUCAGCGCUCUCAUCGUCCUUGAUCCAGGCUCGGCCUGGGGUCACACGUUCAAUGCUGCUACUGCUGGUUUCCUGCUCACUACGAUCCACAAUGUGCAAGAGGCAAUGGAGAGGACCCUCUACAGCUAUGCUUCCUUGGAGCGCUCCCUCGUCUCCGUAGAGAGGGUCAUCGAGUACACCAAGCUACCCUCGGAAGCUGCUGAGAUAGUCGAACCUCGUCCACAUGCUAGCUGGCCCUCCAGGGGCAGAAUUGACUUUGUGAAUGUGGCUGCACGAUAUGCUGCAGAUCUACCGCUGGUGCUCAAGAACAUCUCCUUCUCCCUUCCAGCGUCAUCCAAAAUCGCAAUCGUCGGCAGUACCGGCUCUGGAAAGUCUACACUGGUGCAGAGCCUUUUCCGGCUGAUCGAAGCGGACGCUGGAGAAAUUCUCAUUGACGGUAUCAACGUUGGCAAGAUUGGACUGCAAGACUUGAGGUCCAGGCUACAGAUUGUACCACAAGAUCCGAUUAUCCUUGCCGGCUCGCUGCGAUCUGCUGUCGACGUCCUGGGCACGUGCAAAGACGAAGAAGUUCUCGCAGCACUGAGAGCAGUGGCUCUGAUCAGAGAAGACGUUGAACAGUCUUCGGCAGUGCCGCUCCCGACGAGCAACUACUCUACCGACUUCAGCAACCUCAGCUAUCCCAUUUCAGAAGGCGGCAGCAAUCUGUCCGCAGGGGAAAAGCAACUCAUCUGUCUCGCGCGCUGCAUUCUGAGUCAGAGCAAGGUCAUCGUCCUAGACGAAGCCACCUCUUCCACCGAUGCGGAGACGGAAGCCAUCGUCUCUCAAUCGGUACACAAGGUCUUUACGCAGUCGACUGUCAUUGCUAUUGCGCAUCGCUUGCGAUCCAUCAUUGACUUCGACAAGGUGCUGGUCAUUGAAGAGGGAGAGGUGGCUGAAUUCGACAGUCCCGCGUCUCUGCUCGCUAAGGGAGAGGAGAGCAAGUUCUACAGGCUUUGUCAGGCUACUGGCGAUGCUGAGUUUGCGUAUCUCAAAGAUCGCGCU